ACUAAGUGCCAGUUGUGUUCACAGCGCCGGCGAGAGUGGACGCGUUUUGCCAGUGUCGCGCUUCAAUAGUAUAUAUAUAAUUAACAUCGUCUUAUCCUCGGCAAAUUCCAGUAAACUUCGCGGAACAAUUUUAAAUAGCAUUACACAACAAAUUCCAAUAGAUUAAAAAUAUCUGACUCCAUGAUUUUUGUUAAAUGCAAAGAAAGAAAGUAUCCAUGUGAUGACUAAUUUGGCAGGCACUUAAAAAUAAAACACAAUAAAACCCCCAAAAAAGCCUUUAUCAGUUCGCCGCUGAGGUGUGGAAUUCAAGGCCACCCUACAUGUUGAUAAGAGCGCGUAAAACGCCAGUGCGAUCAAAACAAAACGGGUAAUAAAUCUGCAAUCACACGAGCAUGCGUGCAUAAAGAGGAACAAUAACAGAAUCAAAAGCCAGAAAGCAGAAAGCCGAAACACAACAAUAAUAAUCGCCGAGCUGGCAAAAGUACAAAAAAAAAAAGUGUACAAAAUAUAAAUAAAUAACCGCGCGGCAGCAAGAGAUCCAGCACCCAUUCCAAUUCCGACUUUGGUGCGGUAGGUAAUGACACAUUCGGCACUCGGCGCACGUAUCUUGUAGAUGCGAACGAGCAAACGUAUCUGAAUACGAGUCCAUCAGUGCAAAUCCGGAGCCCCAUUCCCGUCGCAUUCGCCUUGCCACCCGCGUCGUACAUUAAUAUAUGAGUUUUUGAAAGCGGCACUAAAUAGCAAUAAACAAAUCCGUCACAAACUCGCCAUGGAGCAGUCGCUAAACCUUCUCGCCAAACAGACCAAAGAUGUGGAGUUCCAGGAUGUCUUCUACACCGUUAAGGAGCGCAAGAAUUUCUGGCGCGUAACCGGAGAGCGUCAAAUUCUGAACGGAGUCAGUGGCAGUUUCCGGAACGGACAGCUAUCGGCGAUCAUGGGACCCUCGGGAGCCGGAAAAAGCAGUUUGCUUAAUGCGAUUUCGGGUUUCAGACGCGACGGAGUCACGGGGAGCAUAAAGAUAAAGAGGGACAAUGCCUGCUAUAUCACUCAGGACGAUCACCACCAGACUCUGCUGACUGUGGAGGAGUUGAUGAAUCUCGCCUGUGACUUGAAGCUGAAGCAUCGCCACAAAAAGGCGGAGAUCAUGACAGAUAUCCUGGAGAAUCUGCAUCUCAAUCACCGACGCAAUGUGACGGCUGAGAAGCUGAGCGGCGGGGAACGGAAGCGAUUGUCCAUCGCCUUGGAGCUGGUGGACAAUCCGAACAUCUUCUUCCUGGACGAGCCAACCAGCGGCCUGGACGAGGUGACGGCGGCCCAGUGCAUCCGACUGCUGCAGGCGAUGGCCCACGAGGGCCGCACCAUCGUCUGCACCAUCCACCAGCCCUCGGCGACCAUCUACAACUACUUCGACAGCAUCUACGUCCUGGCCAAGGGCCACUGCGUCUACCAGGGCAGUCCCCGGGCCACCAUUCCCUUCCUGCAACUGGCCCAGCUCGACUGCCCCAUACAUUACAGUCCCUCGGAUUACAUUAUUGAGCUCGUGGAUGCGGAGGAUGGGCCAUUUGUGUCCGGACUCAGUGAGCUGACUGAAAAUGGCAAGCUGAUCUAUGUGACCAGUCAGUCGGACCAGUUGGGUGCCUCGCUGGCAUCCCAACAGGCGGUGACCACGAUGUUCGUGGAGCAGCAGAAGCGUCCGUUCCUGCCAGCCUUUUUCGCCGGGAGUGCGGCCUCAACGGAUGGGUCGCUAAUUGGAGGCACUAGUGCUCUGUUAGAGCAAGUGAAGGCCUUCUCGAGACGUCUCCAUACGGAUCGGCGGGAGGUAUCGGGGAUGCGGCAGUUCGUGGUCCUCAUGCGGGUGAUGCUGCUGCGGAUAACGAGGGCACGUUUGGCACUGACCAUUCAACUGUUCCACCACCUGUUGUGCGGUUUGUUCUUUGGCCUGAUAUUCUUCCAACUGGGCAACCAAGGUGCCCGCAUGUUCGACCACCUCAAGUUCUGCAUCGGCGCCGUACUCAUGAUUGUCUACACCCAGGUGAUGGUGCCCAUUUUGAGCUAUCCCGCUGAGGUGAAGGUGGUCAAGAAGGAGACCUUCAACCGCUGGUAUAGUCUGCCACCGUACUAUUUGGCCUUGACGGUAUCGCGUCUGCCAACUCAGGUCCUUCUCAACAUCACCUUCAUGGUCGUCACCUACUGGAUGUCAGGUUUGCCCCAACAAUUCUGGCGCUUUUGCAUUUUUGUGGCCGUAGGACUAAUGAUUUCCCUGGUGGCCGAAGGAAUGGGUCUAGCCAUUGGCGCCACCUUCAGCAUAACGAAUGGCAGUGUGGUGGGUCCGAUGAUGAUAGCACCUCUAAUGGGACUGGCGGUCUACGGAUUCGACUUCGCGCCGCAGAUUUCGGGCGGAAUGCAGCUGCUGAUGAAGUUCAGCUACGUGCGGGUGGGUGUGGUUUCCCUGAUCCUGGCCGUCUUUGGAUUCCACCGAGAGGAGCUCGACUGCGAUGAGAUAUACUGCCAUUUUAGCGAUCCUCGCGUGCUGCUAAAAUUCUUAGACGUGGAAAAAGUUUCGAUUCUGCACCAGUUUGGAAUACUGGCCAUGCUGAUGCUCUUCUUCCGCGUAAUGAUGUACAUUAGCCUGCGCAAGCGAUGCUAUGCCUGAUUUUGCAGCCAACACUCCAGAUGAAUCUUACGCCCUAGUUGUAAACAAAUGUCAAUGCUGUGAUGUUCGAUUUUAAACAAACAGAUAGAUACUCCCCUGUACAUACAUAUGCACCAUUCCCCAAAAGGACAAACGUUAAAAUACAAAAUAAGUUAGGUUUAAGUUAGGACACGAUUCAAAUGAUUCAUCAAAAUAGUGAUAAUAGUAGUACUAGAUU